AGUCGAGAAGAAGCUCAAGCUCAAGCUCAAGCUCAACGUCGCCAGCAGUCCCUGAAUAGCCUCCUAGAGUGUAAAGCAUCCGUCAAUGUCCUUGCUGUCCUCGUCUCGCAGCGCUCUGACGCGUCGUCUGCGUCGUGCACCACAGCUCCGCGCACUGCACGUGGCUCCACCUCUAGCUCAAGCGCAAGAGGAGGAAGACGACGCUCUUCCUGUGCUUGAGACGCAGCAAAUGAACAUGUUCACGGCCAUCAACGACGCCAUGCGCGUGGCCAUGGAGACAGACCCCUCUGCCGUGCUAUUUGGCGAGGACGUGGCCUUCGGUGGCGUGUUCCGCUGUUCGGUGGACCUUCGUGAGAAGUUCGGCGACGAUCGCGUCUUCAACUCACCGCUGUGUGAACAAGGAAUCGCCGGUUUUGCCAUUGGUUACGCGUCGACAGGACGGACGGCAAUCGCCGAGAUUCAAUUCGCCGACUACAUCUUCCCGGCGUUUGACCAGAUCGUGAACGAGGCAGCCAAGUUCCGCUACCGGUCAGGCAACGAGUUCGACUGCGGUAAACUCACGUUCCGUGCCCCGUAUGGAGCUGUGGGUCACGGUGGCCACUACCACUCGCAGUCACCUGAGGCGUACUUUGCACACACACCCGGACUUAAAGUGGUGGUGCCACGAAACCCGGUGACAGCGAAGGGGUUACUGCUGGCUUCUAUUCGAGACCCGAAUCCCGUGCUCUUCUUGGAGCCCAAGGCGCUGUAUCGCGCAUCAGUUGCAGAGGUGCCAGUGGGAGAGUAUGUACAAAAUCUGAGUGAGGCGGAGAUUGUGCGACGAGGUACGGACGUCACGGUAGUUGGUUGGGGCGCACAGAUGCGGGUACUGGAGGAAGCGUGUGGAUACGCUGAAGACGUCGGUAUCAGCUGUGAACUCAUCGACUUGCAGACGAUCUUCCCUUGGGACGCUGACACAAUUGAGCACUCAGUUCGCAAGACCGGUCGACUAGUUAUCAGCCACGAAGCUCCGAAAUCCGGUGGUUUUGCCGCCGAAAUCUCGUCUAGUAUUCAGGAGCGGUGCUUCUUGAGCUUGGAGGCCCCCAUUCAGCGUGUGUGCGGGUACGAUACACCGUUCCCACUCGCGUAUGAAUCGCAUUACCUUCCAGACGCGCUGCGGAACUUCGAGGCGAUCAAGAAGGUAGUGGAUUACUAGCUGAGCUAGCCACCAAUGAUCAUACUUCCCACGUUUUUCAACAGGUUUAUUAAAGUUGUCUCCAAUUACUUUUGCACGUUUUGCGCUUCUGGUUGUAAGAGACUUUCGUAGUACUGACAGAACAUCUGCGUCUGCGUAAACUCGUCCAAAUAGUCCUCGUAGACACUGUUCCGCACUUCCUUGGCUACCUCUUCUUGCAAGCGGUCGUAGAAACUCUGACCCCCUAAACAGUGAUAACAAAUGCACCAUAGUCAAC